UGAAUUUACACCGUCUCUAGCGCCAUCUCGCGAAAAAUGACAGUGAGCAGCUAAAGAACGCUUGCUAACUAGCAGAGGCACUUUUGCAGCAGGAACGUUGGGUAAAGUACUUCCGGUAGGUCAUGGAAUCGCUUGUAGAAGGUUUACCUUCCCCUAAUCCCCCACCGCCAACCCAAGAGGCUAGACCAGCAGCUUCAGAUGUAAAUAACGACAGCAGUAGUAUCACGAAUUCGAAGAAGAGGAAAAUAAACCGUUCUGAGAGGGAAGACAUUGAUUCAAUAUCGUCAUCUCCUAAAACCCACAAUUCCUCUUCGUCCUCCACUUCGCAACAAAUCCAGAAGAAGUUGAGGUUCGAAGAUUCCGUAGACUUCAUAGGACUGGAUGUGAAAAUGGCCGAGGAGUCGUCAUCUGCAUCGUGUUCUUCAAACAAGACCAAAACAGUUUUUUUGGCUGGGGUUGUUGGGCAUCAUGCAAACGGGCUGACGAAAACUGCAGGCUCCACUACCUUCUCCAGCAGCAAACCUGGAGCUGCAAAGAAACUAGUCAUCAAGAACUUUAAAGAAAAGCCCAAAUUGCCUGAGAACUACACACACGAGACCUGGCAAAAACUAAAGGAGGCGGUCGAGGCCAUUCAAAACAGCACUUCAAUCAAGUACAAUCUUGAGGAACUCUACCAGGCUGUCGAGAACCUCUGCUCCCAUAAGAUCUCUGCCAGGCUCUACAAACAGCUACGGGUGGUUUGUGAAGACCACAUCAAGGCACAAAUCGAUAAAUUCAGAGAGGAUGUACUGGACAGUACCCUCUUCCUGAAGAAAAUAGACAACUGUUGGCAAGAUCACUGCAGACAAAUGAUCAUGAUUAGAAGUAUAUUUUUGUUCUUGGACCGCACCUAUGUUUUACAAAACUCAAUGCUCCCAUCAAUCUGGGACAUGGGCCUAGAGUUGUUUAGGUUUUACAUAAUCAGCGACAUGAAAGUCCAGAGCAAGACCAUCUACGGCAUCCUGCUGCUCAUCGAGAGGGAGCGCAGCGGCGAGACCAUCGACCGCAGCCUGCUCCGGAGCCUACUGAGCAUGCUCUCUGACCUGCAGAUUUAUCAGGACUCCUUUGAGCAGCGCUUUCUGGAGGAGACUAAUCGGCUGUAUGCUGCUGAGGGACAGCGACUGAUGCAGGAGAGAGAGGUCCCAGAGUAUCUCCAUCACGUCAACAAACGCUUAGAGGAGGAAGCGGACAGAGUCAUCACAUAUCUAGACCAGAGCACACAAAAACCUCUCAUUGCCACUGUGGAGAAACAACUACUGGGUGAACAUCUCACUUCAACUCUGCAGAAAGGCUUGAAUCACCUGCUAGAUGAGAACAGAAUCCAGGACUUGUGUCUUCUCUAUCAGCUUUUCAGUCGUGUGAGAGGGGGCGUGCUGGUUCUCCUACAGCAUUGGAUCGAGUACAUCAAGGCCUUUGGAAGUACGAUCGUCAUUAACCCUGAGAAGGACAAGACCAUGGUACAGGAGCUCCUGGACUUCAAGGACAAGGUGGACCACAUCAUCGACAUCUGCUUCAUAAAGAACGAGAAGUUUGUCAAUGCCAUGAAGGAGGCUUUUGAGACCUUCAUCAACAAGAGACCAAACAAACCUGCUGAGCUCAUAGCAAAACACGUGGAUUCAAAGCUUAGGGCGGGUAACAAGGAGGCGACGGACGAGGAGCUGGAGAAGAUGUUGGACAAGAUCAUGAUCAUCUUCCGAUUCAUUUAUGGCAAAGAUGUUUUUGAGGCCUUCUACAAGAAAGAUCUGGCCAAGAGGUUGCUGGUGGGAAAGAGUGCCUCCGUGGAUGCCGAGAAGUCCAUGCUGUCGAAACUGAAACAUGAAUGUGGAGCAGCAUUCACCAGCAAGCUGGAAGGCAUGUUCAAGGACAUGGAGCUUUCCAAGGACAUCAUGGUGCAGUUCAAACAGUGUCAAAAUAUCCCUGGUAACAUUGAGCUGACGGUGAACAUCCUCACCAUGGGAUACUGGCCCACCUACAUCCCAAUGGAGGUCCAUCUGCCCGCAGAGAUGGUGCGACUGCAGGAGAUUUUCAAGACGUUUUACCUGGGCAAGCACAGCGGCAGGAAGCUACAGUGGCAGUCGACGUUAGGCCAUUGUGUUUUAAAAGCUGAAUUUAAAGAGCUUAUGCCUGCCCAUACCAUAACCACAAGGCCGCCAUGGUUCACAACGUUCAGCAAACCACUCGCCAACCUAACGCCAUACACGUUAUCCUCCAUCUGCCUAGUACCGUUGAAACCGGGAUUCAUCUGUGAAGAGCACACUUCUCCAACGUGCCACUGGCCAUCAAAGGGCAAAAAAGAGCUUCAGGUUUCCCUGUUUCAGACGCUAGUGCUGCUCAUGUUCAACGAAGGAGAGGAAUUCACCUUGGAGGAGAUCAAGCUAGCUACAGGAAUAGAGGAUGGCGAGCUGCGACGGACCCUGCAGUCGUUGGCGUGUGGCAAGGCACGGGUCAUCCACAAAGUCCCCAAGAGCAAAGAUGUGGAGGACGGAGACAAGUUCUCCUGCAACGAUGACUUCAAACACAAACUCUUCAGGAUCAAGAUCAACCAGAUCCAGAUGAAAGAAACGGUGGAAGAGCAAGCCAGCACCACGGAACGAGUCUACCAGGACCGGCAGUAUCAGAUCGACGCCGCCAUCGUCCGGAUCAUGAAGAUGAGGAAAACUCUGAGCCAUAAUCUCUUGGUGUCGGAAGUGUACAACCAACUCAAGUUCCCCGUAAAGCCUGCUGACCUAAAGAAGAGAAUAGAGUCUCUCAUUGACAGAGAUUACAUGGAGCGCGACAAGGAGAACCCCAACCAAUACAACUAUGUGGCUUAAAGAGCGAGGGAUGAAGAGGAGGAGGAGGAGGGGGGGUGGGGGGGGGAAGCAGGUGGUCUAGUCAGGCUGAAGUCUUGUCUGAGCACUCGGUACCUUGGACGUCAGCGUUACCCUCUUCAACCCAGCGACCGACAACUGAAUGGAUACUGCUCUGUGGGACUUUGUCGGGCCUGUUUUCCUGUGGACUGCAUGCCCAUUAAAACAAGAAUAUCGUCCAUUCUUUUCUCAGUGCUGCUCAGUGAGAAUUGGACUUAGCUACCUUGGACAAGAAGAAAAGCAGACCAACCAAUGUUGUUCAGUGUUUUUUUUUUUUUUUUUUUUUACAGAGGGGGAAAAUAAGUUUCUUUUCAAACGUAGAUCUUUGUCCAUCGGUGUUCUGCGCCUUGUUUUUUUAAGUCACUACUUUUUACUUUUAAUUCACUCUGUACUAUCCCAUGCGCAAAUGUUCUAAUGCAUAUCAUUACUCUUACCAUACUACACUUGGAAGAGAGCGAAACAAAUAAACUGAAGCUUGUCUCAAUGUUGCAUGUGAGACCCAUGGAUAAACAUUCACAUUGGGAUUUUCUUUUUCUGUGGUGGAUUUGAGUGUCAGAUGUGGGCACCUGCAGCCAAGUCAUACGAUUCUCCAUAGCUAUUAGUCUCAAACUACUCCUGUUCAUCAACAGCAAUCAAUGAGACGAUUAAGUAGCUAGGCGAUAUUAUGAGGAAUUGACAGUACGUGCCAAAAAUUGAGCACUUUUCUUAUAGGGGUUGUAAAUGCUGCUAACCAAACACUAACUUUUACAAGUUGUAUGCAUUUAGUUUUCCGUUUCACUUUUGCCCUGAUUGUUUCAAUGUUUACUUUUUGUAUAUACAAGACUUUACAAAUGCAUUGACAUUUUAAGUGCAAACAAACUUCGACAGUCACCUCGCCUUUAGGUCUUGUUCUUAACUCCUAGAGAUGAUCUACUACUAAAAGCACAGCGACAUCAGUCCCUGUUACCCCUCAUGUUUCCAAGUAUAAUAUCUCAAUUUACAAGCAUUCUAUUCUUUGUAAGUCCUCUCUGUAGGGCUUAUGGCAGGCCUUGCGUUUGGGCAUUAAUGGAGUUGUUUGAAAUCUCAACAGAUAAAUAUACUUUGUUGUUUGAGAAAUCAUGCUUGACUGGACUUUGCCAUGUGUCUGAAUAAAUUGUUUUCUUGCUUCAGAUUAAA